AUGAUCAGUCUCCGCUCGAAUCUUGGAGCGUUGUCACGGUGGUAUGGAAGCCAACUAAUAACUGGCUGCCAGCUCAAGGCUGGUGGGGUAUCACGUGACGGAGCUUCCUCCCUCCCUGCUCCAAAGUGUCAACGUCAGCCUUUCCAACCAGUCGCCAAGAUGAGCUACGGCAAAAAGGACGAGGACGCCGACCUGGGCAUGGUCAAGGUUGACCGCACACAGGUCUUCCAGGAAGGCAAGUCAAGCAACGGCAAUGGCUCAUGGCCCUUGCCGCUCUCUGACCGCUCGCGACUGUUCAACAGCUCCCCCAUCCAACCCCGACGAUGUCGAAUCCUCCUCACGAAAAUUGCCCUUCUCCUCUACACGGGGGAUAGGUUCCCGACCAAUGAGUCCACCUCCCUCUUCUUCGGCAUCUCCAAGCUCUUCCAAAACCGGGAUCCGAACCUCCGGCAGAUGGUCCACCUCGUCACCAAGGAGCUGUCCAACUCGGCCGAGGACAUCAUCAUGGUCACGAGCACCAUCAUGAAGGACACGGGCGGCGGCAGCGACGCCAUCUUCCGCCCAAACGCCAUUCGCGCCCUGUGCCGCAUCAUCGAUGCGACUACUGUCCAAUCGGUUGAGCGAGUCAUGAAGACGGCCAUCGUGGACAAGAACCCGUCCGUGUCCUCGGCAGCCUUGGUGUCCUCCUACCACCUGCUCCCCAUCGCCCGAGACGUGGUCCGCCGGUGGCAGAGCGAGACGCAGGAAGCGGCCGCCUCCUCCAAGACGGGCAGCGGCUUCUCCAUGGGCUUCUCCGGCAGCGGCCAGAUGCCGAUGAACAAUUCGGCAAUGACCCAAUACCACGCCAUCGGCUUGCUCUACCAGAUGCGCAUGCACGACCGCAUGGCUCUCGUCAAGAUGGUCCAGCAAUUUGGCGCUCCCGGAGCCGUCAAGAGCCCGGCGGCGACCAUCAUGCUCGUGCGGCUGGCCGCCCAGCUGGCCGAGGAAGAUGCGUCGCUGCGAAAGCCCAUGAUGCAGCUGCUCGACGGCUGGCUGCGGCACAAGAGCGAGAUGGUCAACUUCGAAGCCGCCAAGGCCAUCUGCGACAUGAGGGAUGUGACCGACGACGAAAUCAACCAAGCCGUCCACGUUCUGCAGCUCUUCCUGACCUCCCCCCGAGCCGUCACCAAGUUCUCGGCCCUCCGCAUCCUCCACAACAUCGCCUCGUUCAGGCCUUCGGCCGUCGCGGCCUGCAACCCGGACAUCGAACUCCUCAUCUCCAAUAGCAACCGGUCGAUCGCCACCUUUGCCAUCACGACCCUGCUCAAGACGGGCAACGAGGCGAGCGUGGACCGGCUGAUGAAGCAGAUUUCCAGCUUCAUGUCGGAGAUCACGGACGAGUUCAAGAUCACCAUCGUCGAAGCCAUCCGCACGCUCUGCCUCAAGUUCCCCGACAAGCAGGCCGGCAUGCUGACCUUCCUCAGCGGCAUCCUGCGCGACGAGGGCGGCUACGAGUUCAAGCGCGCCGUCGUCGAGAGCAUGUUUGACCUCAUCAAGUUCGUGCCCGGUUCCAAGGACGAGGCCCUCGCCCACCUCUGCGAGUUCAUCGAGGAUUGCGAGUUCACGAAGCUGUCGGUCCGCAUCCUCCACCUCAUCGGCCUCGAGGGACCGAAGACGGCCCAGCCGACCAAGUACAUCCGCUACAUUUACAACCGAGUGGUGCUCGAGAACGCCAUCGUCCGCGCCGCCGCCGUCACGGCCAUGGCCAAGUUUGGCGUGAACCAGAAGGAUCCCGACGUCAAGGCGAGCGUCAAGGUGCUCCUCACCCGAUGCCUCGACGACGUCGACGACGAGGUCCGCGAUCGUGCCGCGCUGAACUUGAAGCUCAUGGACGAGGGGGCCAACACGAUGGCCCGGACCUUUGUCCAGAACGACAACAUCUUCUCCCUCCCCGAGUUCGAGCACCAGCUGGUCAUGUACGUCACGUCAGAAGACCAGUCGGCCUUUGACGACCCCUUCGACAUCUCGGCCGUUCCCGUCGUGACGAGGGAGCAGGCCGACGCCGAGGAUCGUUCGAAGAAGCUCACCGCCACCGUCCCGGCGCUCAAGGCCUCCAAGGCAGGGCCCACCAAGGCGGCCCCGAGCGGGGCCGAGGCGGCGGCGACGGCCUCGGCCCAAGCUCGGCGCUACGCCGAGGAGCUGAUGCAGAUCCCGGAGAUGAAGGAGUUUGGCAACGUGCUCAAGUCGUCGCAGGUCGUGGAGCUGACCGAGGCCGAGACCGAGUACAUCGUGACGGUGGUGAAGCACGUCUUCAAGGAGCACGUCGUGCUGCAGUACGAGGUGACCAACACGCUGCCGGACACGGUACUGGAGAAGGUCUCGGUCGUCGCCACGCCGGUCGAGGAGGACGAGCUCGAGGAGGACUUCAUCAUCGAGGCGGAGAAGCUGGGGACGGACGAACCCGGCAAGGUGUACGUGGCCUUCAAGAAGGCCAACGGCGACGGAUCCCUGCCGGCGACGGCCAUCUCCAACGUGCUCAAGUUCACGAGCAAGGAGAUGGACCCGACGACGGGCGAGCCGGAGGAGUCCGGGUACGAGGACGAGUACGAGGUGUCGGAGUUUGAGCUCACGGGUAGCGACUACGUGAUCCCGACGUUUGCGAGCAACUUCAACCACCUGUGGGAGCAGAUCGGCGCCUCCGGGGAGGAGGCCGAGGAGACGCUGCAGCUGAGCGGCAUGAAGAGCAUCGCGGAUGCGACGGAGCAAAUCAUCGCGACGCUGUCGCUCCAGCCACUGGAUGGCACCGACGUGCCCAUGAACCAGAGCACGCACAUGCUCAAGCUCCUAGGCAAGACGGUCAACGGCGGCCGGGUUGUGGCGACGGUGCGGAUGGCCUUCUCGUCGAGGUCGGGCGUGACGACGAAGAUGACGGUCAGGAGCGAGGAGGAGAACGUGGCGGCGCUCGAUAUCGAGGCAAAAGGAGGGGGCAGGGGUUGCAAGGACGGACUUCUUGAGAGCCUGGACGGCCCUGCGAGCAACGUCUUCGCCGACGCAGAGGGUCUCGACGCGGACCUCGGGCGUCUGCUCGAGGCUUCCCCUGAUGCCGAUGUGCGGAUUGGCGGCGUUGCCGGGGCGGAAUUGACCGGUGCCGGUGGCGGACCAGGCGCACUCGGUGUAGUUGCCGGCGCCGGGAUAACGUCCGGCGCCGGCGCGAAAGACAGCCGACUUGCAGGCGGCGGCAGCCGAGGGAGGGGCGUAAAAGACGAGCGAGUAGCGAGUCGCCAUGGAGAUGAGAGAAAGGGGCACGGCGAGAAGCGGGAUGUGUCGUGGGCUGGUCCGGGGGGGGGGGAUGUCCUCCGUCUUGUCCUUGUCUCGUCACAGCCAAGCGGAAUGCGGCAGCGGGAAGGAGGAAAAGAGGAAGGGUAUGAAGCGGGGAAGGGUAGGGACACGGGGUGGAGGGAGAGGAGAGAGAAUGAGAGAGGGAAAGGGAAAGUGACUGCGACGGGCGACGGUGGAAGAGGCAAAGAGAUGGGCUCCGACGGCCUCGACGAGGCAGUGCCUGGGUUGGGUGAGGCCUGUAUCGGUGCGCGCGUGACGCGGUGUGCCGUAUGCGGUGAUGAAGAUUCGGCACCUAUCCAACUACGGUUGCAUGAUGCUAUUUAUCAUGAGGAAGGGCGAGAUUGA